UAUGACUGUUCGAUCCACGCUCUGGAAGUCGAUGGACGCCUGUUUCAGGUCAUCGCAAUCGCUUUCUCUGAAUUGCAUUGGACGAAUGCCCAACACCCAUCUACUGAUCUUCGGUGCAUGCCAUUGAGUCGUCCAGCCUCUUCUAUCUAUAUUUUGAGGCAUUUUGUGAUGCAGGCGGCCUACUGGUCGAUUGACCCUGACCAUGUUGCUGAGUUUCUGGUACAGGUCCUGGCAGACGCUUCCUCUGCACGCAUUGGAGCGACUUCCAAAACCGACCCAUCUAUCCCAUCUACUGACGAUGGUUAUGCCAAUGAAUCGUCCACCCACUACAACCUACACAGCUCCCACUCAACCUCCUCAACCUCAAUCACGAUGGUGUGCUUCCACCUCGAAACGCUCAUCAAGCGCAUUUUCGAAAAACAGAAGCAGUAUGCUUGGCGUCCGAGUUCUCAAGAAGAGAACGAGGAGUGGGAGGCUGCAAAGCCUUGCCCCAAAGAGUGUGCGUGCUCUUUCAAAAUCCCGCCCGUUUAUACGGCGCCACCAGAACAACCACCGAGAGUUGUACAAGGCCGCAAGUUGACUCUUGAUCUUGCUGGCCGGAAACUCGUCUUCGCGGACUAUACCAAUCCGCCAAAACCUAAAGGGGCUUCGACAGUAUACAAGCCGCCGAGAGUUCGACGAACUCGACGCUAG